UCUCUCUCUCUCUCUCUCUCUCUCUCUCCAUCUUUCUAGAAAAUAUGGCCAAAGCUUUUCUUCUUCUUCAUCUCUCCCUGCUCUUACUAAGCUCCUUCACUGUUUUCGGUGAUGAGGAAAACAUUGUCAGUUUCGUUGCUCAGCCACCUUACCAUCAUGGAGGCUACGCAAGCGCACCAAGCCCCCACCACCACCACCACCACCGCCACCUAGCUCACCCACCUGCCAACGCACCCGCUCACCCUCCCUCGCAUCACCACCAUCAUGCUCACCCACCUGCAACCGCACCCGCUCACCCUCCCUCUCACCACCAUCACCAUGCUCAUCCCCCUAGCCAUGCGCCCGUUCACCCUCCAACCCCUGCUCCUGCUUACCCACCAAAAGGUCCUAUGCCAAGGACUUUUGUAGCUGUUCAAGGUGUUGUUUAUUGCAAAUCUUGCAAGUAUAAUGGAUCUGAUACUCUCGCUGGAGCUUCACCAGUUCUUGGUGCUACUGUAAAGCUACAAUGCAACAACACCAAGUACCCACAAGAGGUCCAAACCAAAACCGACAAGAACGGUUACUUCUUCCUCCAAGCACCAAAGACAGUCACCAAUUACGGAGCCCAUAAAUGCAAGGUCUCGCUCGUCUCAUCGCCAAUGCCUUCAUGCCAGAAGCCAUCUCUUCUCCAUGCUGGAGCUAUUGGCGCCAUUUUGAAGCCGGAGAAGCCAUUUACAGUUAACAAGCUUCCGUUUUUCCUUUAUUCAGUUGGGCCAUUUGCUUUCGAACCCAAAUGCUAUUAAAUUUGUUUUUUAAUUAAAAGUGUGUUCUCCAUUAGCCGUUGUCAUGUAAACCUCUAUUUCGACUUUUGCUUCUUCUUUAGCCAUAUUGAAAGAUUUUAGUGAAUGGUGUAAUGGAGCUUGUUGCUAUAAUUAGUGUUUUCUUGCUUGCUUGACAAUAAAAUGAUAAAUUAUAGUGUCA